UUGAAACAUCAAUAAAUAAAAAAGAAGAAGAAGGUGAAAUGGCGGCAGUGUUAAAAGUUGUAUUCUAUUAUUUAUCAGAAGUUAUAGCGCUAUAAAAUAUUUGAAAGGAGGUCUUUCAAAGCAAUUAAUAAAUAACUAAAAAAGACUCUACUACUUUCGAAAGUGUAAUUGUAUGUUUGAAGCUUUCGCACCAUGGAAGCGAACGCACUUAGUGGACGGGUGGUGGUGCAUGAAUCCGCGCCCACCCCAAUAAGGCAGGAACAACAGCAGCGCGCGGUUGGUUCCCUGGUGGCACUGACUCAGAAAUUCGUGCAAUUAAUGAAACGCAAUCAUGGAAGAAUAGAUCUCAAAGAGGCAACUGAACUUCUGGAUGUUCAAAAACGGAGAAUCUAUGAUAUAACUAAUGUUUUAGAGGGCGUUGGUCUAAUUGAAAAGACACGCCACAGCAGCAUGGUCCGAUGGCGAGGCGCACUAAACACUAGUGCAAGUCGACAUAGCUUAAGAACGGCGCAUGCGCGAGCCAGGAAAUUGAAAGCGCUUGAAGCAGACGUCGAUCUCCAACUAGAAUAUGCUAGGCGCAAUUUGAAAUACAUCAAAGAAGACGCUGUUAACAAUUCUUAUGCAUACGUGACCCGCGAUGACUUGCUUUCUAUAUAUGGAGAUAAAGUUGUUCUUGUAAUACCUAACCAUGACGAUGAGGUCAAAAUUGAGCCCACACGCAAUUCGUUAUACGUAUCACUUGACAAUGGCGGAAAAAUAGAUGUACGGCUGGUUACGCAACAAGGCAACUGCAUUGCGCCAAAACCCGAAACAGCACCAUUAAUUUCUCGUUUGGAAACACCUUCUCCGUCAUCAUCAAAUUGUUCACAAGCGAGCACAUCUAAUAAAUCGACUCUAGUCACCGAUGAGCAUACAUACUUUUGCAAUCCCGAACUUAAAAAAGAACAAGAUGAAAUAGAAAAUGAGCUUGCAGCUCGCAUAAUUUUUAAAAAUUCGUUAGCACAACAUUCAUUACGUAGAUUUUUCCCUGAUGAUCCCAAUUUAGAUAAUGCACCACUGAUCCAGUUAAAUCCCCCACGUGAGGAUUAUAAUUUUGUUUUAACACAAGAUGAAGGUGUAUGCGAGCUUUUUGACAUAAAGUGCAAUACAUAUUGAUGAGAUUAUGCCUUUAAUUCUUAUUUAAAAUCAUUUUGACCUUUUAAUGGUUCAUUGUAUAAUAUUUAUGUACAUAUAAGAAAUCCCGGAAGAUAUAUAAGAUACAUAUUUACAUAUGUAUGUCAUUUAAGCGGGUCUGUAAUGUACGUAUAAUUCAAAAAUAAGCGUUUAAUACACUAAAUAGA